AUGUGCUUGAAGAACGAAUGGCGGCAAGUGCUGGCUAGCGGAGACGAUCGCCGCGGACGAGGCACGUUCCUCCAUCACCACGUAUUUUCAUUCGUACCCGUUUGUCCCGGGUGGUGCGACCUCUUCGCCGGCCAGCAGGCGUGUAACAUAGGCUGCAGUUGUACCUGUACGAACAUCGCCAAUUGCAAUCCGCACCACCAUCAACACCAUCACCAUCAGCACCAACAUCAGCAGCAUCAUCAUCAGCAGCAACAGCAGCAGCAUCAUCAUCGGCCACUCGCCACGACAACGGUCCUCCUGCAACCCGUCGAGCACAUCAAAGACACCAUGGUGAGUGUCCCGGAAUUCCAGUACGCUCGAGGGACGGGCACGUCCCUGACGAUGAGGGGUAGCGACGAGCUUCUGUCGCAAAGUGGAGCAGUUAGCAAUGGUGCUGCAAUGAGUCCACAACCACAUCACGCGGCGGACAACAACAAUGACGCCAAGAAG